GUUUUAUGAAGUCACUGCGCAAGCGCAGCCGGUGGAAGUCGUGCGUGUUGUAAACGUGAAGAGUGAGUGCCGCCUGUGAGGAUGGAUUUCCAGCACAGACCGGGAGGGAAGACGGGGAGCGGGGGCGUGGCCUCCUCCUCGGAGAGUAACCGCGACCGGCGAGAGCGUCUGCGGCAGCUCGCCCUUGAGACCAUCGACAUCAACAAGGACCCCUACUUCAUGAAGAAUCACCUGGGCUCCUAUGAGUGCAAGCUGUGCCUGACCCUGCACAACAACGAGGGAAGCUAUUUAGCUCACACACAAGGAAAGAAACAUCAAACAAAUCUAGCGCGGAGAGCAGCUAAAGAAGCCAAGGAAGCCCCUCAACAGCCUGCGCCGGAGAAGGUGAAGGUGGAAGUGAAGAAGUUUGUGAAGAUCGGCCGCCCUGGAUACAAAGUAACAAAACAGAGGGACCCAGAAACAGGACAGCAGAGUCUGCUUUUCCAGAUUGACUACCCGGAGAUCUCGGAGAGCAUUGCCCCUCGGCACCGAUUCAUGUCGGCUUACGAGCAGCGCAUUGAGCCCCCGGACCGGCGCUGGCAGUACCUGCUGCUCGCUGCAGAGCCCUACGAGACCAUCGCGUUCAAGGUACCCAGCCGAGAGAUAGACAAAGGAGAGAGCAGGUUCUGGACCCACUGGAACAGAGAGACCAAACAGUUUUUUCUGCAGUUCCACUUCAAGAUGGAGAAAGCCAUGCAGCCCCCUAGUGGCCCCAUGCCCCCCAUGGGAAUGAAGAGACCCCCUCCCCUAAUGGGGAGCCUAACCCCCCGACCCCCUCCGGGAGGUGUCUCCACAGAUGGCCCGCAGAUGCCCCCGCAGAUGCCCCCCAGCCCUGGAAUGCCCCCUCCGGCCCCUGCCCCCCCUCAGAGGCCGCCGCUGCCAAGCGAAGGCCCGGGGGGCGUGCCACCCCCUCCUCCAAGCAACUGAACACCCUCCCCCUUCUGACCCUUGUGUUUUUAAACAUCAAAGAUCGAGGCGUUUCUAAUUCUGCUUGUUUGUUGAGGCUGCUGCCUGCCUCGUUGCUGUACUGAUGAAUAAAGUUUUUUUUUUCUUUUCCA